GAUUGCCCAAAGACGUCUACCUCUCACCGCCCACCAUGUCAGCACCCCUCAACAACGCCGCCGCCGCCCAGACCACCUCCAAGCUCCAGGCUUUCCUCAAUCACCCCGCCGGCCCCAGAACCAUCUUCUUCUGGGCGCCCAUCGCCAAGUGGGGUCUCGUGGCGGCCGGUCUCAAGGACCUCCAGCGUCCUGCCGAGAAGCUGAGUGUGUCGCAAAACGUGGCUUUGGCUGCUACCGGAUUCAUCUGGGUCCGAUACUCUAUGGUCAUCACUCCCAUCAACUACUCCCUCGCCGCCGUCAACUUCUUUGUCGGCUGCAACGGUGUCGCUCAGCUCUACCGGAUCUGGGACUGGAGACAGAAGCACCCCAACGCUGUUACUGCUUAGAGGGUGUAGGACGAUAUUGGAAUGAGGGGUAGAGAGAGGCUGAGGAGGAUAGGAGAGGCCUCAUUUUGUUGUAGGGUAGCCAUACCCAAAUCCGACAAUCGUCUAUGAACUUACGUCGGUCAUCUGAAGAGAACAACGGGCAUGCUCAGGCAAGUGCAAGAGUGAAAUAGGA